AACUGGACUCAGAGAAGACAGUUGUUCUUGCAAUGUUGACCAUUUUAUUGAUUGUUUUGGUAAUUUUGGUCAUAUUGACGCUGAAAUAUGUCUUCAGCAGCCCAGAGUCGAACCCGUUUGCAAAGGACUGUCGAGAACCGCUGAAAAAGAAAGUUUACGACGAAAAAACGAAAAAUAAAGUCCUGAAGCAAGGUUUUGUGUCCAGUAAGUUGCCAGACAACCUGGAUGCAGUCAUCAUCGGCAGUGGUGUCGGUGGACUCGGGCUGGCUGUGCUGCUGGCUAAAGUUGGAAAGAAGGUUCUGGUUCUGGAGCAGCAUGAUCGGGCCGGGGGAUCCUGCCACACGUUCACAGAGAAGGGCUUUGAGUUUGAUGUUGGAAUCCAUUACAUCGGUGAUCUGUUGGGCGACUCACCUUUUCGCUGCAUGCUGGACCAGAUGACCAAUGGUCAGCUGCAGUGGGAGCCUCUGGAGAAGGCGUUUGAUCACGUUGUGCUGGGGUCUCUGGAAAACCGACGCUCCUACCCCAUCUUCAGCGGCAGCGCUCGCUACCUUGAGGAGCUGAAGAAGCGAUUCCCUGGAGAGGAGAAGGCCAUCGAUGAGUACCUGAGGCUGGUGAAGAAAACUGAGUUUGGCGCCUGGCUCCUUAUUGUGCUGAAGCUCUGCCCCUUACCUUUGGCCAAGUUCCUGAUCCACACCGGCCUCGUCAAGCAUCUGUCUUACUUCUACAAAAUGGCGCCACGCAGCCUGAGAGACGUGGUCAACGGGCUGACGGAGAACAAGGACCUCAGAGCUGUCUUCUCCUACAUCUUUGGCACCUACGGUAAUAAGCCAAAAGAUGCCAGCUUUGCCAUGCACAGUUUGCUGAYCACYCAYUACCURARCGGCGCCUGGUAUCCUAARGCUGGCAGCAGCGAGAUUGCCUACCACAUGAUUCCCACCAUCGAGAAGGCAGGGGGCGCUGUUCUGGUGCGAGCCCCAGUCAACCGCAUCUUGUUUAACAAUGCAAAGGAAGCUUGUGGUGUGAGUGUGUUGAAAGGUCAGGAGGAGGUGCAUAUAAAAGCCCCUAUGGUCAUUUCUGAUGCCGGCAUYUUCAAUACCUACGAGAAGCUGCUGCCCAAGGAGCUGCAGGCCAUGCCAGAGAUCCAGAAGCAGCUCAGUUUGGUGAAACACGGUGAAGGAGGUCUGAACAUCUUUAUUGGUUUAAAUGGAACCAAGGAGGAGCUGGGCCUGAAAGCAAACAACUACUGGAUCUUCGCUGACAACAAUUUUGAUGAGCUCAUGGAGAAAUAUAUGAAUGAGGAGAGAGAAGAGGCCUCUAAGAAAAUACCUCUGCUGUUCGUCGCCUCGCCGUCUGCCAAAGAUCCGUUGUGGGAGGAGAGAUCACCAGGAAAGUCUACUUUAACUCUGGUCAGUUUUGCCAAAUACUCGUGGUUUGAGGAGUGGAAGGACGGUAAAGUGACGAACAGAGGACCCGACUACAAAGAGCUGAAACAAGCGUUCAUUGAUUCCGCUCUGAAUGUGGUGAUGGAUAUUUUUCCAAAAAUCACCAGGGACAAGAUUGAGUAUAUCGACGCUGGAACCCCCAUCACAAACACACACUACAUUGGCGCCCCAAAAGGUGAGAUGUACGGAGUGGACCACGGCAUCGCUCGGUUCAACCCUGAACUCAGCGCUACAAUAAGACCUCAGACUCCCCUGAAGAACCUCUACCUGACAGGCCAGGAUGUGUUUUUGUGCGGUUUCGCUGGUGCCCUCGGCGGUGCGCUAACCUGCGGCUCGGUCAUUCUCAACCGCAACCUCCAUCUGGAUUCCUUCCUGUUGGCAAUGAAAACCAAAUAUAUAAACAAGAAGUUGAAAGACGAGUAACUGCUUCUGUUUGCUGAAAUUAAAUCACAUGUGGCAACACCACAGCUCAAUAACACUAAGAAGAGAUGAGCGAAAACUCAUAAAAAAAGUCAUAAUAUGCUGUCUCUUUGCAUUAACAUGCUCAUUUUGCACUAAUUUCUGAUGUACCGGCUAUAAUAGUCAGUAAUAUAACACAGGCCUGAUGUAUGAGGCACUAAAAAUAAUGUUUUUCUCUUAAAUUUAUGUAGUGUAUGUUUUGAAUAGUGCUCUUUUUUUAACAAUUUCAUUUGUUUGUUUUGUGUAAUAGGCUGCAAAUAAUAAACAUGUUAUAACACGUG